GCACUUAAGGUUACAACGAACCCUACCAAUAGGCCAAUACAAUCGGGUUUUCAAAUCUAGGUACUUAGAUACUAUAACGUCACUAAUCUCCCACAUCGAGCAAAGCUUCAUUCAUAUUAACGAUCCUGAUUCGCCAGUUCUCGGCGUGAGUCAACUGGGGGGUGAUUAUCAACAAUCUAUCAAUAUUACAAUCUUAUAAUCUUACAAGAAUAUGUUCCAAUAUAAAGGGAAUCCCCUCGAUUGGGGCCAACAUCAGCAACGCAAGGAGACGAGAAGCGAAAAAGAAUAACAUAAAUUUCAAAUUGAACCCAACGGCACCCUUCUCACUAUGUCGUCAACAGCUUCAGGCACAGCCGCGGGUAAGGAGCCUCGCAUGCGACUCCGAGAUCUUUUGCCAGACUUACACCUCGGAUACUGGAAACCAGGGCCCCUCAAUUCGCUUACUGAUGUUCCCGGCGUCCUGGUCCACACCCAGGAGAUUUUUGCCGAUGACGGUGCCGUAAAUACCGGCGUCACCUGUAUUUUGCCUCGAGAAAACUGGUUCUACAACGCCUGUCACGCUGGAAUAUUCAGCUUCAACGGUUCCGGUGAGAUGACCGGCAGCCACUGGAUCAAUGAAACGGGCUUAUUGCAUUCUCCCAUCGUCAUCACAAAUUCAUUCUCCGUAGGUGCCGCGUAUCAGGGAAUUUAUGAAUAUACCAUCAAAUCUCAGGGUGUGACCAAGGGGAAUGUCGAUUGGUUCCUCCUGCCCGUGGUUGCGGAAACCUUUGAUGGAUACCUAAACGAUCUUACUCAAUUCGUGGUCAAACCCGAGCAUAUUAUUAAAGGACUCGAGAACGUAUCGAGCGACCGCGUCAAGGAAGGCAACGUCGGUGGUGGAACUGGAAUGAUAUGUCAUUAUUUCAAAGGUGGCACCGGUAGCAGUAGCAGAGUCGUUGAGGGAUUCGACAGUAAAGGCCAGCCAAAGACAUAUACUGUGGGUGUGUUAGUGCAGGCUAACUAUGGGCGCCCACAGCACCUCCGGAUUGCAGGCGUACCAGUUGGGAAGAUCUUAGCUCGGGAGGCCGAUGAAGCUGCCGAGAGUAAUAUAGCAAUCAAAAUGGCACGAGAGGCGCUUGAAAAGGAGAAGAACAGAAAAGAUGGGAGCAUUAUUGUAAUUAUCGCGACAGAUGCGCCUCUUCACCCUUCUCAAAUGCAAAGGCUUGCUAAGAGAGCAACGGUGGGGCUGUCAAAGGUUGGCGGUUAUGGUCACAACCCUUCCGGGGAUGUGUUCUUAGCCUUCUCAACCGGAAACGAGAUUCCAGUUCAGUCAAAAUCGACGGAGCGGAAAGAAGUCGACCGGUUCAAACCUACGCCUAUCACAAUUGAUAUUAUAGACGACACUUCGAUCAACGGGAUUUUUGAAGCUGUUGCAGAUGCUACUGAAGAGUCGAUAUACAAUGCUUUGUGUAUGGCAGAAACAAUGGUAGGAAAUAAGGAGCACAAGAUCGAGGCUCUCCCUCUUCAAAAGGUUAAGGAGAUCAUGGAGAGAUAUAAUUGAAGAGAGGUAUUGAGAAAUAUAUUCAAACAAGAUACCUGUUGUACUUUUGUUUUGCUUAUAAGGUUGUCUUACAUGUAGUGCAAGCUCACGACUCUACGAAAUAUGGUAAAUUUCAUAGAUUCACUCAAUUCAAUUGGAAGCCUCCAUUUAAUUGUCUGAAGUACCUAGUACCUAGCAAAUCAAACUGCUUACAUAAAA